AUGUCUAGGAGAAACUUGACUUCAGGCUCGCCAAACUCUUUGGACGAGGAAUCAAACCCUUUUAACGAUCAACGCUCCUAUUCCGAUUCUGAAUCAGAUUCCGAUUUUAACAGAACAGGUCAUCACAACACAAAUAACAACAACAACAACAGCAGCAGCAGCAACAACAACGACGCACAAAUGAACAAUGUCAAUAACCCUGCAAACGAUAUCAUGGCCUCUUCUGCCAAUAAUGCCUCCAAGCCUUACAUUGACUACUCAGGCUUCUACUCUCAGCAAAAUUCAAACUCAAAUAUUAAUUCGGUUAACAACUCCGUUAGCAACAUUCAAAACCCUGCCUCUAACCAAAAUAACGUCAAUAAUAAUAUCGCCAACACCCCAAUAUCCCCAAACACCCCUUCAAACCCCCACGAAUCUUUGAUUCCUCAUGAAUUUGACCGCUACCCUUCACUUAGUAAUGGUGGCAAUCAAAGAGUAGCCUCCAUGGCCUUUUCCAUUAACUCUAGAAACUCAUUGUUGGGAGGUCCUGGAGCAAACGCUCACAAUAAAAGCUCAGAUAUGUCGGAUACCUCGUCGAUGUCAGAUCGCUCCACCAACCCUUUCUUAAUCGACGCCGAUUUCUCGCCUUUUGGUGGGUAUCCUGCUUCGUCAUUCCCAUUACACAUCGAUGAAAAAGAACCAGAUGACUACUUGCACAACCCUGACCCUAUCGAAGAUGCAAAAUAUGAUCAUGGUAGAAUGAUGUUCGACUUGAAGACCAUGGAUAAACGUUCUGGUUUUGGGCUUGUUGGCUUGGUUUGCCUUUUGAUUGGCGCCAUCAUGGUUUUCGUCGUUUACCCAGUGUUAACCUACUCGGGGAUCCUUGACAAGAGCGCCCCAGUCACUUACGAAAUCUUAACCAAAUACACUUAUCCACAAUUAUCUGCCAUCAGAACCAGCCUUGUUGAUCCAGAUACCCCAAAUUCCGCAUUGACCAAAACCGCCCGUGACGGCUCCAAAUGGAAUUUGGCAUUUUCUGAUGAAUUCAAUAAAGAAGGCAGAACUUUCUACGAUGGUGACGAUCAGUUCUUCCUUGCUCCUGAUUUCCACUAUGCCGCCACCAACGAUUUAGAAUGGUAUGAUCCGUAUGCUUCUAGUACUGCAAACGGUAGUUUGAAUCUCAGAAUGGAUGCUUAUAAGAAUCAUGACUUAUUUUAUAGAUCAGGAAUGGUGCAAACUUGGAAUAGAUUGUGUUUUACUCAAGGUAAUUUGGAAGUUGGUGUCAUGUUGCCAAACUAUGGUAACGUUACUGGUUUGUGGCCUGGUAUUUGGACAAUGGGUAAUAUUGCUCGUACCGGUUAUUUGGCCACCAGUGACGGGGUUUGGCCUUAUUCGUAUGAAGAAUGUGACGCGGGAAUCACCCCAAAUCAAUCUUCUCCUGAUGGGAUCAGUUAUUUGCCUGGUCAAAGAUUGAAUUCUUGUACUUGUAAAGGGGAAGAUCAUCCAAAUAGAGGUACCGGUAGAGGGGCUCCAGAAAUUGAUGCCUUGGAAGGGGAAAUGGAUACUACCCUUGGGGUUGGUGUUGCUUCUCAAUCUUUGCAAAUGGCUCCUUAUGAUAUCUGGUACUACCCAGAUUAUGAUUUUGUGGAAAUUCAUAACUCAUCUAUCUCCUCAAUGAAUACCUAUACCGGCGGUCCUUUCCAACAAGCCGUUUCUGCAACUUCAACAAUGAACAUUACCUGGUAUGAAUUCGGUGACACUGGUGGAGUCCACCAAUUCCAAAAAAUUGGUUUUGAAUAUUUAAAUGACAAUGAUGAUGGUUACAUCCAAUGGUUUAUCGGUGACGAUCCAACUUUGACAAUUCACGCAAAAGCUUUACAUCCAAAUGGUAAUAUUGGCUGGAGAAGAAUUACCAAAGAACCAAUGUCUAUCAACUUAAAUUUGGGCAUUUCUAACAAUUGGGCUUAUAUCGAUUGGGCUUCUCUUCAUUUCCCAAUGACUAUGAGAAUUGAUUAUGUGAGAAUUUACCAACCUGAAGGCGAAGAAAACAUGGGUUGUGAUCCGGAGGAUUAUCCAACAUAUGACUAUAUUCAAGAUCACUUGAACGCCUACAGUAAUCCUAACUUGACUAGUUGGGAAGAUGCUGGAUACUCAUUCCCAAAGAAUAAAUUGACCGGGGGCUGUACUUGA